AUGGCCAGCGCCCUGGGUUGUGGUGACAGAGCAGGCUCAGCAUCGAAGAACGACCUGUCCAGGGUCGCGCCCUGGCGCGUCGAGAAGCAGGGUCCACAUGGAGCACAGGUGGAGGCUUCGAAAUUUAAGGCCUUGCCGCUCCUCGGAAAAAAAGAACGCGGCCCGCAGUGUACGCUUGACCCUGGGACUCACCUCUUCACCAAUCCGCACACCAUCGUCAACCCACUGGGCUUGCUGAGCACCUCUGUCGGGCUCAAGGCUCGCCAUUUCAAUGUCUUUCAGGGCAUCUUGCAGCAGCCCAUGACCCUGAAUAUCGGCGGAUGCGGCUCGCAAUCUGCCGCUGCGCAGCUGGCGGACCAGCCAUUGCUGGAAGCGUCUCAGCCCGGACCUAGCAACGUCCCAGACGCUCACCGCUGCCCUUACGAGGGAUGCGGCAAGAGCUACACCAAAGCAUCCAAGCUUGCCCAGCAUAUCCGCAGCCACACGGGCGAGAGGCCCUUCGUCUGCGACCACGAGGGAUGCGGAGCCAGCUACAUGAGAAACGAGCACCUCAAAGCUCACCAGCGCCGCCACCAGGAUCCAUCCGACAAACCGUUUGCAUGCCAAGAAGAAGGGUGUACGCUCCGGUUCUGGACAACGAGCCAACUCAAGAACCACGUCCAAGCCUGUCAUGCUGAUCACUUGUCGACAGCGACGGGCGCCAGCGCGCACGACUACCCAUGUACCGAGCCCGGCUGUGAGCAGACAUUCCACAAACGCAAGCAACUUCGUCAACAUAUACGCGACCACCAUGCGGAUCACCUUAAUGCAGAAGCGACGGCUCGCCAAGAGGAAGCAGCAUCGGACGCGGAGCAGUCGCCGUCAGCACUGCCCUUCGUCUGCCCGCAUCCGGGCUGUGGCAAGCGCUUUGCCUCGAAUUCUAAGCGCAAGACACACGCUCGGACCCACCAAGACGGCAGGUAUACCUGCACUAUGCAACAUGCGCAACCGCAGAGGCAGGAGAACGGGGAGCAGGCAUCGCUCGUCUACAGAUUCCCCACGUGGUCAGCUCUGCAGGCGCAUAUGAAAGAAGCACAUCCCCCCGUAUGUCCGUGGCCCGGCUGUGGCAGGAUGUUCCAGCGCCAGGACAACCUCCGCGCCCACUAUCGCAGGCACGAGAAUCGCAAGCUUCGGCUCGAGCUUGAAGCCAAAGUGCUGGAAGGCAGCCACGAGGCGGAACUCAACCACUUGCGUGCAGAGCUUUCCGAUGACAGUGGAGCGUCGUCGUCCGAGGAGGAGGAAGAAGAGCAGGAGCCGCACCCCACGAGAGAGCCACAAUCUACAAGUGGCUUCGAUCAGCGUUUGCCGGUUCAUCCGAUCGCGCCGAGGGUACCCCAACAGGCAUCUCCUGUGCCCAGCGACGAGGACUUGGUCAACAAAGCGGCUCACCUCCGUUCCACGCGGCCACGUCGAGGAGGCGUGUUCCGAGACCUCAGCUCUCCCGCCCUCAGUAUCAUCACUUCUGCAUCUGGAGGAACCGCGUCAGUCCGGCCAGGUAGUGUCGCUACAUCGCUCACCAGUGCGCGUGAUCCGUCCGCAUCCGCGUUUCCCUGCACCUGGAACGGAUGCGACAAGGUCUUCACCCGCAAAAAUACACUUUCCAUCCACGUGAGAACGGCGCAUCUGGGCGAACGACCUUUCGAAUGCCCCGACUGCGGCCGACGCUUUGCGCACAAGCAUCUGGUAUCGCGCCACCGCCGAGUGUGCACUGGAACCCGAUCGUCGCCUGAACAGACGACGGACACGCGCAGCAGACUGCGCUUCUCGACAAGCGGCAAUGCGUCACACGACGAGGCAGAGGGCCAAGACAGCUCUUCAGAAGCCUCUUCCAUGAUCUCGGACAGUGAUGGAGAAAGCGAGACGCGUUUUGAAGGCAGCCAAGAGCGCAACAGCGAACUGUUGGACGGCAACGCUGCUACCAUUGGCUUGUCGCCAUCGAUCAAGCCUCGACUGCUGGACUUGUUGACGGGACGUGGCUACUCAUCAGCCAUGACGGCCAACAAGCAGGUCGGAUCGGAAAAACGUCCGGCAUCGGAGAACGGAAGUGCGAAGAUGCCAGCGAAGAGGCGACGCACGACUCGCGAUCGCAUCUUUGCGUGUCCGUGGACGAGCAUCUGCCAUGAGCUCGAUGAGCAGGUGCUGGACCCUGCGCUGCGAGCAACUGGCGCUGAAUCUCCAUCGACAGCCGCGGCGACGUCGAGAGAUGCUUGUGAGCACCGCUUCAAGCGCUUGUACGACCUUCGACGCCAUCUCCGCGCCCAGCACGGUCUGGACCUCACAGCGGACGAGCUCAGUGCGAUCACCGACCGCACGCCAUGGGCUAGUGUACAAUAG